AAGAGACAAACGCUCCAGGCUGGGGUCAGGUUACUUGCGGCGAGCUGCUGAUGGUGGCUGGGAGGGGCGGAGUGAGGCGAGGCCAGGCGUUCACCGUCACUUUAUAAUCUCAUCUUCAACACAAGGCAGCCACUCAGAAAUAACAGCCCGAGAUCAGACAAAACAUUAGCAAGCACUUUCCGACAGAUCAGGAGGCAUUUCCGAUAUGGCGGCCCUGGAGCAAUGGUUUCUUAUCUACUUGUCCUUGUUUUCCCUCAACAAAUGGACUUUAGCUUUUAACUUGGAUACCGAAAAUUUCAUUAAGAAAACCGGAAAGCCGUCAAGCUUGUUUGGGUUUUCUCUUGCUAUGCACAGGCAGCUCACGCCGAGAGAUCAAAAAAUGUUACUAGUUGGUGCUCCAAAAGCAGAAGGACUUCCAAAGCAACAAGCUAGUAUUACAGGAGGGUUGUACAAAUGCCCCGUUACAGCUGAAGAAAAUGACUGUGUGCGUGUCAUUUUUGAUGACAGUGCUGACUUGACACAGGAGAGUAAAGAAAAUCAAUGGAUGGGUGUUUCUGUGAAAAGCCAGGGACCAGGUGGAAAGGUCAUGGUUUGUGCUCAUCGCUAUGAGCUAAGGCGCUAUGUGAAUAAACCAGACGAGGCUCGCGAUGUGACUGGACAAUGCUAUAUUUUGAGCGAGGAUCUUGUUUUCCGAGAAAAUGAAACUGAUAAAAAUGUGAAACUUUGUGUUGGGCGACUUCGGGGUCAUGAAAAAUUUGGUAUUUGCCAGCAAGGUGUAGCUAGUGCUUUCACCAAGGACAAUGAUUAUUUUGUAUAUGGAGCACCAGGCGCUUACAACUGGAAAGGAAUAGUACAUGUCGAAGAAAGCAAAAGUAUUGAUGAGAUUGACUUUGAUGGGCCCUAUGAAGUUGGUGACGAAAGCAGACGUGAUGAAAAAUUGAUACCUGUCCCUGCUAACAGCUAUUUAGGCUUUUCUCUGGACUCGGGCAAGGGGAUCACAUCAAAGGACACAUUGACCUUUGUGUCAGGAGCACCAAGAGCCAACCAUGCUGGAGCAGUUGUUUUCCUAAAGAUAGAGCAACGGACAAGAAACUUAAUGACUGAACAUGUUCUGGAUGGUGAAGGGUUGGCGUCCUCUUUUGGAUAUGAUAUUGCUGUGGUGGAUCUUAAUCAAGACAGCUGGUUGGAUCUUGUGGUGGGAUCCCCACAGUACUUUGACAGAGAAACAGGAAUUGGUGGUGCUGCUUAUGUUUACAUUAAUCAAGGAGGAAAUUGGAAGAACAUAAAACCCAUUCGUUUAAAUGGGACCAAAGAUUCCAUGUUUGGAUUGGCUGUUGAGAAUAUAGGUGACAUUAACCAGGAUGGGUAUCCAGAUAUUGCUAUUGGAGCACCUUAUGAGGAAAAUGGUAAAGUCUACAUAUACCAUGGAUCUCAUUCUGGGAUAAAUACCGAACCCUCUCAGAUUCUUGACGGGAAUGAUUUUGGGGUCCCUCUAUUUGGCUAUUCUCUUGCAGGCAACCUGGAUCUCGAUGAAAAUAAAUACCCUGACAUGGCGGUUGGCUCACUCAGUGAUGUAGUCUUUAUAUACAGGACACGACCUGUUAUCCAAAUCACAAAGAAAGUCACUACUACACCCCAGAUUAUUGAUAUGAAGGAGAGCCAUUGUCCUAAUAAUCAAGGAUUUUGUAUGACUGUCAAGGCAUGCUUCAUGUACUCAGCUCAUCCCAGUGAUUUCAAUUCCAGGAUAAGUGUAAGCUAUUGGAUUGAAGCUGACACUGCAAGACAUAAGAUGGGUCGGAAGCCAAGAGUCAGAUUUAUUCCUGCUGGGGAUGUUUCCAUUAACAAUGUGACUGGGAGUCUCAUAUUAAAUGCGCAAAGAGAAGAGAAAUGUGUCACUAAAAUAAUGCAGCUGCAGGAACAUAUCUAUGAUAUCCUACACCCAAUUCCCAUAUCAGUUGGAGUACUGCUCAAACAGUCAAGACGCAAGAAAAGGCAGGAUUCUAACUUAAUUGAUUUGCUUCCUGUCCUUGAGAAGAGUGAUCCCCUGCGUACAGAGGUUGAAUUUUUGAAGGAAGGCUGUGGUGUUGAUGCCAUUUGCAGGAGUAAUCUCGAAUUAGAAUAUGAAUUUUGUUCCAGGGAUCAAAACCAGCAGAACAAUUUUAUUCCUUUACCGAAGGAUAAAAAAAUUCCAGUCUUUAAAUUAAAGGACCAGAAGGACAUAGUUCUAAAAAUAACUGUUACUAACAAGCCAUCAGAUCCUAAAAGACCAGAUGAAGAUGGGGAUGAUGCACAUGAAGCUCACCUAACUGCAACAUUUCCAGACACUUUAACAUACUCUACUUAUCGAGUUCUGACAUCAACUUUAACUUCAGACAAAGUAUCAUGCACAGCAAAUCAGAAUGGGUCUCGAGCAGUCUGCGAAUUAGGAAAUCCCUUAAAAAGAGGAUCUGAGGUUACUUUCUACUUAGUUAUGAGCACUGCUGGAAUUACAUUGGACACUAGGAACCUCAAUAUCAGUCUACAACUGGAUACGACCAGUGAACAGGCAAAUGUGUCAACAAUUGCUUCUGCUCAAGUUAUGAUUGAACUACUUUUGUCUCUGGUUGGUGUUGCCAAACCAUCUCAGGUUUAUUUUGGAGGUUCCCCACUUGGUGAGAGUGCUAUGAAAACUGAAGAGAAUGUAGGGAGUUUGAUUCAGUAUGAAUUCAGGAUAAUUAAUCUGGGCACAUCACUUAAAACUCUCAACACUACCUGGCUACAAAUCAGGUGGCCAAAAGAAAUAAACAAUGGAAAAUGGCUGCUCUAUUUGGUGAAAAUUGAUUCAAAAGGCAUUGAUAAUAUUCAAUGCAUGCCUAGUAAUGAAAUUAAUAAUAGAAAAUUAAAGGAAGUUCCUAACCAAAUAAGGAAAAGAAGAGAGCUUGAGGGCAAUGGACCUAAGAAGUCAAGAUUCACUUCCUCUCCUGAAAGAAAAUAUAUAACUCUAGAUUGUGACCGGCAGAAAAAUACUAGAUGUGUUGAUAUAAAAUGUCCCCUUCAAGGUCUUGAUAGCAGUGCAUUCCUGGUUUUACGUUCACGGUUAUGGAACACCACUUUCCUAGAGGAAUUUUCCAAAUUGAAUUACCUUGACAUCAUUGUUAAAGCCACGAUAACUGCUGAAUCUCAGGCCAAAAACAUUGUGAUUAAUAAUGCUGAAACUGAGGUGCGAGUCACAGUGUUCCCUGAAAAAACUGAGAAUCAUUACUUUGGAAUUCCUUGGUGGAUCAUUUUUGUCGCUAUCCUGGUUGGAAUUUUGCUGUUGGCACUUUUAGUAUUUUUAUUAUGGAAGUGUGGGUUUUUUAAACGCUCCCAUUAUGAUGACAGUGUUCCACGCUACCAUGCAGUCCGAAUCAGAAAAGAAGAACGACAAACUUUUCAGGAUGGAAAAUUGAACAAGAAAUUUGACAAGAAACAAUGGAUGACAACAUGGCAGGAAAAUGAAAGCUACUCCUAAGAACUAUUGACUUUGUAUUGUUAAAAUUAUUGAAUUUAGUAUGCCGUAGUAACAUACAAUGUUGCUACUGCAUUACUGUGCAUUGAUUUCUCUUCAGCUGUCUAAGAAUGGCUCUUGACCAAGAAGAUUUUUGUAGUGCAGCCCAUAUCACAGAGUGACUGCCCUCCUUAUCCAUAAAUACAACCUUUCUGGAUUGUAUGGAUUUUAGACCACAUGGUGGGUAAGAUUUGCCUUGCACACCAAGUCUCCAGCAGUAUGGGAUUGAAUUGGUGUCUGCUCCAGCAUAUAGGUGUGAAAAAAAACUUGGAAUUUCAUUCAGUAACAUUUGGUCCUUGCCAUUUUAAAUUUUAAAUAAUGUGCAGUAGUCAACUGUGCAACUGACUAUUGAUUUUCAGUUGAUGAAUGUCUUUCAGUAUUGCCAUGACCCAGUUUGUGUGUUCAGAAAUGAGUCAACAUUUUGGAGAUGGGAUUGACUUUCAAACAAAGACACUGUACAUUUUGUAAAUAGUUAUAUAUUUUAGAGUGUCCUGGUAUUUAUUUUGUCAUAAUUUGUGUCCUUUCACUAAUCAUUAGUUUGGCCAUAGAUGGCUAAAUUUCCCUUCAGGGAUAAUAAAAAUGUUCUGGAUGUGACUUGAGUGUAGAGAUUUAGACUUGAGUGAAAAAAGAUUUAAUAUCUGGAGAAAGUGCUGACUAAUUUUGUCUUUGCUUAGAUUUAUACUGGGUUAGUGUUGCCUCCCAUAUGGUGCCGAAAAGAAAUGAAAAAACACUUCAAUGAACACUUCACUUGCUAAGUUUGUUUAAAAUUGGCCUGGUGCAGCAUUCAGUGGUUGUAUGGUCAAGUCAAAAAGUAUGUAAUUGUUUCUUCCCAGACCUGAAUAUAAGUAUUCCUCUGUCCAUAAAACUAAAGGAAAGAUCUCAGACAAAGCUUUAAUUUUAUGUAAAGAAGGUAUAUACUCUCAAUUAGUAAGCUUGAGGAAAGGGACAAAUAUGAAAGAAUACUGUAAUGAAGUUUAUUAUUUGAGAGCAUGUAUAUAAUCAAUAAGCUACUUAGGAGGAAGAAGAGAGGAUGGUAUUGGAGUGAAGAUUAUAGGGCAUUUGCCAAACUAGCUGCAAUUACUAACCAUGGCAGUGGGUCUAGUAUAGUAAUCAAUCAACUCUGCUGGGUAUGAAGAACGAAUGCAAAAACAGAAGUUCAACACCGGGUGGAAGUCGGGGGAGGUAGGAAUGGGACACACCAUUGCCAUGAAGACCUAUGAGGACUGUAAGCUACUUGCCAGGCUCUAGUACCAGAAAGGACAAAUAAUCUUACUUCUGUAUGUGAGGCCUUGCAGGCACCCACUGUCAUCCAGGUUGUUUGUUUGUCUUUCAAGUAACUGAAGCUUCCUUUUCUGCAUACUCUGCUAAAACACUUGGGAUGAAUUCUUAGUUUUGAGGUUUUUGCUACUUUUAGAAUCCACUUUUCCCUUGUGCUUUGAACUUCUCCAGAACACGUUUAGAUUUGCACUACUGCAAAUGUAGCUGAUAGGUCAAAACAGUUGGGUGCCUACUUAGCCAACUGGUGAGUGGCACAAAAUACAAAAGAACUGUUAUCCAUAUAUAUGGCUAAAUCAGGUCAUUUUACACCAGAACUGGGCAUCUCAUUUUAUUAUGGACCCACAGCAGGUAUUAGCCCAGGCACUGGGACGAAUUACAACAGAAUUCUCUAUGAUAGCUGCAAAUAACAUGAAUGUUCUUAUGUGCCACUGUUGGAAAGGAUUUUAUAUUCGCUGUUAUUUAGUAUGAGCUGUGGCAUUUUGAGGUUUUGGGAUUUGACCUGUAUUAUCUUUCCUUCUCGUACAACUAGUGUCAGGUGUAGCCUGCAUAAUUCCUGUUAGUAGUGCAGAUAUCACCACUGAGUCAUGUCCUUUAUGGUGAGCUACAGCUCAAAUAAGUCUUUUCUUAGCUUUUACAGAACCUCUAUUAACGGGUCUCUGUGCCAGUAGUGUUUUUUGAAUUUGUUUUGUAACUGCUGUAUUCUACAUGUGUAGGUGGGACUAGUUUAGUUUGGGGUUGUGUUCAGCAUGGACUGGCUGAACCAAAGGGUCUGUUUCUGUACUGUAUGGUUCUAUGACUCUUUGUUUUGUAUUCAUAUUUUCUGCAAUUUUCAUGCAUUUUAAAUUUAAUAAGUUUGCAACAUUAUGCAUUUUUUCCUAUUUCAUAUCAUCUUCCCUGUCUCAGAGAAAUCUAAACCAAUUUCUAAACUACAGUGGUUUCCAGUACAGUUGGGCACAGUUUCAUUACAAGUACUAAAAGUUCAUUUUCAGAAGUUAACAAGGUGUGGAGCUGGAUGAAGACAGCAGGUCCGGCAGCAUCAGAGGAGCUGGAAAGCUGACAUUUCGGGUAUGGACUCUUCUUCAGAAAUGAAAAAGAAUUUUCAAAAGUUGAUUGGCUUGAAAUAUUCUACACAUCCUUUCCCCAAGUAAAAUUGACUGAAAAUAUCACAUUCUCAAGUAUCUUCAGUUUCUGUCUUUCUAUAAUUUCUUACUAGCUUGUGAUUUCAGUUAAUGGACAUUUUUUCUGAAACAGAACAAAAUAUAGUCUUACAUUUAUUAUGUAUCUCAUGUAAAAGGCAUGGUAAGACAGCACUGAUUAGUUUCAGCACAGGGUCUUCUUGAGAAAGAGUAAGGUUUUGAAAGUUGGUUUAGGUUCAAAAAGGCAGUAAUUAUUAUGCAGAUACUUUUAAUUUUUUGCAUGUGUCUUAUCAUUUCAUAGAUCUGCAUUCAAAAUACAUAUUAAGAAAUUUAACUUUAUUCCAGUUUAAUAUGUGAUCUAACACUUCACAUAAUUCCACAAAUAAAUGUUUUUCUUCUAGUUUUUGCUUCUCUUUGCUGCAGUAUGAUUCAAUCGUUGCUAGUCACUUCCUCUGAGGUAUGUUGCCACACAGGGCAUUCCUUAUCGCAAUUAUUUACAUUAGUUUCUUGGUACAGCAAAGCUUAAACAUUGCUAAAAAGACACAAAACAUUGAAAUGUUUUGUAGUCAUCAGGAACAAAAAGCAAGAAAACCAACCAGAAGCAACAACGCAUGCAGCACGAGAAGUGGUUACUGUUUGAUUUGACUAAUCCUAGCAUGAAAUGCAAUAACACAGUUAACGGAUAAAAACUCAAACCAGGCAAUUCAAUUCUGAUCAGUCAGGGUGUUGCUAUGAGAAUGUAGCAGGAAUUGGCUGUGUCCAUAGCACCCUUCUCUCUGAAAGGCAAUGUUUACAAAUUUAAUAUGGCAACUAUUACAUUGGGGUGUAGGGUUUUUUAAAAAGAAGUUUUUGCAAAUGUCAGCAUCACUGGCUGGCCAGCAUUUAUUGCCCAUCCCUAAUUGACCUUGAGGUGGUGGUGGUGAGUUGCCUUCUUGAACCGCUGCAGGCCACCUGCUGUGGGUUGACUGACAAUGAUGUUAGGUAGGGAAUUCCAGGAUCUUGACGCAGCAACAGUGAAGCAAUGGCAUUAUAUUUUCAAGUCAGGAUGGUGAGUGGUUGGAAGGGAACGUGAAGAUGGUUGUGUUCCCAUUUAUCUGUUGCUGUUGUCCUUUUAGAUGGAAAUGGUAGUGGGUUUGGAAGGUGCAGUUUGAGGAUCUUUUGAGUUUUAGCAGUGCAUUUUGUAGAUAGUUCAAACUGCUGCUUCUACAGUGGUGGUGGAAGGAGUGGAUGUAGUGCCAAUCAAGCGGGCUGCCCCAAGGAUGGGAUGGCACACUGGCUCAAUGGUUAGCAGUGCUGCCUAACAAUACCAGGGACCUGGGUUCGAAUCCAGCCUCAGGCAACUGUCUGUGUGGAAUUUGUACGUUCUCCCCAUGUCUUUGGGCUUCCUCUGGGUGCUCUGGUUUCUUCCCACAGGCCAAAGAUGUGCACGUUAGGUGGUUCGGCUAUGCUGUUCAGGGAUGUGUAGGUUAGAUGCAUUAGCCAUGGGAAAUGCAAGGUUACAGGGAUAGGGUAAGGCGAUGGAUCUGGGUGGGAUGCUCAUCGGAGGGUCGGUGUGGACUUGUUGGGCUGAUUGGCCCUGUUUCCACACUCUGGGAAUUCUCGAAGCUUCCUGAGUGUUGUUGGGGCUGCACUCAUCCAGGCAGGCGGAGAGACUUCCAUCGCAGUCCUGACUUGUGCCUUGUAGAUAGUGGAUAGGCUUUGAGGAGUCAGCAGGUAAGUUACUCACUGCAGUAUUUCUAGCCUGUGACCCACUCACCAUGUUAUGUAUUGAGUCCAGUUGAGUUUUCGGUCAAUGAUAACACCCACGAUGUUCACAGUGGGGGAUUUGGAAAAGGUAACACCACUGAAUGUCAAGGGGCAGUGGUUAGAUUGUCUCUUAUUUGUGAUGGCCAUAGGCAGGCAUUUGUGUGGCACGAAUGUUACCUGUCACUUGUCAGCCCAAGCUUGUAUAUUGUCCAGAUCUUGUUGCAUUUGAACACAGGCUGCUUCAGUAUCUGAGGAGUUGCGAAUUGUGCAGUCAUCAGUGAAACAUCCCCAUUUCUGACCUUGUGAUGGAGGGAAGGUCAUUGAAGCAGCUUAAGGUGGUUGUGCCUAGGACACUACCCUCAGGAACUCCUGCAGAGAUGUCCUGGAGCUGAGAUGAUUGGCCUCUAACAACCAGUGCCAUCUUCUUAUGUGUCAGGUAUGACUCCAACUGCUACAGUGUUUGCCCCCUGAAACCCAUUGAUUCCAAUUUUGCCAAGGCUUCUUGAAGCCAUACUCGGUCAGAUUCAGCCUUGAUGCCAAGGGCUGUCACUCUUACCUCACCUCUAGAAUUCAGCUCUUUUGUCCAUGUUUGAACCAAGGCUAUAAUGAGAUCAGGAGCUGAGUGGCCCUGGUGGAACCUAAACUGGGUGUCAUUUAACAUGUGCUGCUUGAUUGCACUGUCGAUGAUACCUUCCAUCACAUAACUGAUGAUCGAGAGCAGAAUUGGAUGAGUUGGAUUUGUCCUCCUUUUUGUGUACAGUACAUACUUGGGCAAUUUACCACAUUGUUCAGGAGAUACCAGUGUUGUAACUGUACAGGAACAGUUUGGCUAGGGGAGUGGCAGGUUCUGGAUCACAAGUCUUCAGUACUAUUACCGGACUGCCAUCAGGAGCUGCAGCCUUUGCAGCAUCCAGAGUCUCCAACCCUUUUUGAUAUCACGUGGAGUGAAUCAAAUUGGCUGAAGACCGGUAUCUGUAAUGCUGGGAACCAGUGGAGGAGGCCGAGAUAGAUAGUCCGCUUAGCAUGUCUGACUGAAGCUUGCUGCAAAACAUUCUGAUGUGCUGGACUAUUCCAUCAUUGAGGAUGGGGAUAUUUGUGGAUGUCCACCAUCAUUCACGACUGGAUGUGGUAGGACUGCAGAGCAUAGAUCUGAUCAUUGAUUGCAGGGAUCGCUUAGCUCUGUCUAUCACUUGCUGCUUGUGCUGUUUGGUGUGCAGGUAGUCCUGUUUGGUGGCUUCACCAGGUUGACACCCCAUCUUAUGCUGCUCUUGGCAUGCCCUCCUGCACUCUCCAUUGAAUCAAGGUUGAUCCCUGGCUUGAUGGCAUUGGUUGAGUAGGGCAUAUGCCAGGCCAUGAGGUUACAGAUUGUGUGCAGGAGUAUGAUUCUUCUGCUGUUGAUGACCCACAGCACCUCAUGGAUGUUCCAUCUUGAGUUGCUAGGGAUAGGAGGGGAAAAGAGUAGAGAACGCUAAAGGCAAUGGUCAGUUUCAUCCGAUUUCAACAGAUGUACGUAUUUUCCAGGAUGGAUCUAUAGACAGCCAUUGAAUGGGAACCUGAUGAAAUCCUGACCCAAAACGUCGACUUUAUUGCUCCCCGAUGCUGCCUGACCUGCAGAGUUCCUUCAGCUCCACACCAACCCUCGGUGGUUUUCCCCUUCCUCACCUUUAAUUCUGAAGUCAACUAUAAAUAUCUUGAUUAAUCACAGACUAGAACUGGAUGGAGCAUGGCUCAAUUGGAAUUUGGAUGUUUUUCAAAAGAAUUUUGAUGUAAUGUUACAUCUUAAACAUGCAUUUUGUAAAAACAAGUCUUCGAGCUCAUAAAACAUAGUGACACAGCUUUCUCCUAUAAUAAUGUGAGUAUUUUGUUCCCUAUUUAGUUUAUCCCUGAGAAGUUAAUCUUCUCACAAAGCUUAAAUUACAGAUGAUACAGUUAUGUAUGACUGUACUGGCAAUAAAUUUGUUCUGUAUGUUGUACAGAAUUAUAACCCUAACCCUAUCACAGUAUUACUUAAUAUCGGAACAAUUUUUUAAUAUGAGCUGCUGCUCUAACACAACAUUGUUGUUAAGAAAUUACCUUACUAAAUGCAGUAAUCUUUCGGUUAAUCUACAAAUCAUACUCAAUGUCUGACCAAAUCCAGUGACAUCACAACAGGUGUCAAAAGGAGGUAGAAUGGGCCUGUUAAUUUACAAAAUGAUAUUUCAGUUUGAAAAAAAAUCAAGUCCAUUUUCUGCAUUUUUAAGGACACAUAGUAACAUAAAAUCGAUUUAACAUAGAAAUGGGAAGGCCUGCAUUUAUAGAGUGUAUUUCAUGAUCUUAUGUCAUCCUAAAGUAAAUUUACAUCCACUGAACACUUUUUUGAACUGUAAUCACUGCUGUGCUGCAAAGCCAAUUAGCAGGGUCCCAUAAACAGUGACGUGCUCCUGCUUUAAUUUUGGAUCGCUAGGAUGACAUCUUUGCUAAUUAAAUAUUGAAGUCCUCUCUAUUUUCAAUUAAUUUUUCUAGAAACUGGGGAUGUUCCAUUCAUAUUUAUGAAUUGAUGGAAUUUGCACAACUUGGUAAAUGAGCUACAUUGUAUAUUGUCAAACUACAGCCAAAACAUAACCCACAGCACCAUAACUCUGGGCAAAUGACUUGGUUGUUGACAGGAAAUUGAGGCCAUCAAGCAAAUACUUUAGUUGUGAUACUAAAAGAUAAUUGAUUACUUUUAUCCUGUCACUGUAAAAUAUGCAUUUUUAAAGUUUGUUCAAAUCACUCGUAAUUAAAAAAAACUUUCAGAUUGUAGCUUGAUUGAUUGUAUGGGGAAAAAAAAGUAUGGAUGGGGAAUUUUAAACAAGUUGUUUUUCUUCCAGGAAAUGUAUGCUUUUGUGAAAAUUAGGGGCAUUUAACAGUAUUGGAAAGUCCAUACUGGCUAAAAAUUUUUUCAUUUAGUUGAAACACCUCCAUUAGUUCCCUUUGCAGUGCAGUUUUAUUCAAAGUACCUCAUUGUGAGGAUUUAUGUGAAAGAAAACACAACUACUGUGUUGUGGCAUUUGACAAAGCAAUUGAAAGUAUUUCUUUAUACUCAGGAUUGCCUGUGACAUUUGCAAAUGUCACAAAAAAAAGCUUUUGCCAGAUAAAUUGCUGAGAACUGCUACUGUUUGGCUGCCUGAGAACCUAUUGGAAACUUGAAGCUUUUGAGAGCACUGUAAUCCAUCCUCAGAUACUCAGACUCUCUGAUUAAAUCUAUUAGCAUUAUCUGAUAACCUGAAAUGCCUUCAUUUGAGAAUAAUUUUCAAAAGUCAUUACGUGUCCAUUAUGCAGGAUUUGUUUUAUGGUUAGUCCAGAUAAUCAAAUUUCAAAUUUGGGUUUAAUCCAAUAAAAACCUGGAAAUGUUAAAUUUAGUACGUCUAAUUUAUCCAUCUGUUGAUGCAAGUAAAUCUUCAUUUUUCAUGUUCCCUUGAAUAUACAUUCAUGUGACUGUGUCACGUACAGAUAACUUGAUGGUGGAGAGGCUACUAAAAUGCAAGUAAUGAUUCAUUAUAUAAGAAGGUGUAGAGCUGGAUGAACUCAGCAGGCCAAGCAGCAACAGAGGAGCAGGAAAGGUGACGUUUCGGGCCUAGACCCUCCUUCAGAAAUGGGGGAGGGGAAAGGGUUUUUGAAAUAAAUAGGGAGAGAGGGGGAGGCAGAUAGAAGAUGGAUAAAGGAGAAGAUCGACAGGACAAAGAGGCAGGGGUGGAGCCAGUAAAGGUGAGUGUAGGUGGGGACUUAGGGAGGGGAUAGGUCAGUCCAGGGAGAACAGACAGGUCAAGGGAUCGGGAUGAGGCUAGUAGGUAGGAGAUGGGGGUUGGGCUUGAGGUGGGAGGAGGGGAUAGGUGGAGGAAGGAUAGGUUAGGGAAAUGGGGACAAGCUGGGCUGGUUUUGGGAUGCAGUAGGAAAAGGGGAGAUUUUGAAGCUUGUGAAGUCCACAUUGAUACCAUUGGGCUGCAGGGUUCACAAGCGAAAUAUGAGGUGCUGUUCCUGUAACCUUCGGAUGGUAUCGUUGUGGCACUGCAGGAGGCCCAGGAUGGACAUGUCAUCUAAGUACUGGGAGGGGGAGUUGAAAUGGUUCGCGACUGGGAGGUGCAGUUGUUUAGUGCGAACCGAGCAUAGGUGUUCCGCAAAGCUGUACCCAAGCUUCUGUUUAGUUUCCCCGGUGCGGAGGAGACCAUAUCUGGAACAGCAGAUACAGUAUACCACAUUAGUAGAUGUGCAGGUGACCUACUAUCUCUAAUGAUUUAUGGAAUUGCUUUUUAGCAUUACACCUGGUCAAGUACAUGUAAGUGUUUAAACAUUUUUUUAAAUCUAAAAUUGCUUUACAAAUUAAACCUGAAGCUUUCUAAAUAUAAGAAUUUUCUCAAAACUUUAUUUUGGGGCAAGAAUCCUAUUUAAAUGCUCCCUUUUGCUGUUAGACUGCUGGAAUGUUAUGCAGAAUAAACAAUACCUAUGUUAAUACAACCUGUGGAUUUUCUAAACGUGAUCAAUACAAUAAAGGUUAUUUAUCAAGAA